AAAUGAUUUUCAGCCUGUCAAAACAGAACCUGGGAGCACUUCAUCUGCCUUGUUAAAUCAGCAAGCACAAAAGCGUGUCAAUUCACCGAGAUUGCUGCAAUCUACUUCAAGCAAACGAUUAAAGGAUGAAUCUCUACAUGGAUCACAAAGUCUAUCGUCUUCUAGGCAACAGAAAAGUGGGCAUUCUGCUGUUUCAUGAAAAAGUCGUUGGAAUUGGAAGCUUUUGGAGUGAGGUUUUUUGAGAGCCCUAAUUUAAGCAUCUCAUAAAGGCAGCUGCUCGUGCCACCUAGCAGCAUUACAGUCAGCAAAUGUGAGGUGAAGAGCCUUCUCCAAUGGAAAUAUGGGCUAUCAUUUUUUUUUUUUCAUGUUGCAUUGUUGCCUUAUUUCCUGCCCACUGGUUUAGUUGACGUCCAGGCAGAGCUUGCCCUUUUGACCCUUGUACAGCAUCACCUCUAGCUUACACAUAAGUCUGACUGCCCGCAUUCGAAGAACCCAUGCUGAUGAUAAAUUCUACGUACAUAGGAAUAUGGCAAGAAAAGAAUCCCUUGUCCCUGCUAAUGGACACGCAGGAGCUUGUACCAGGGGAAUUUUACUGGAGUCUUAUGCCUGGACUGGUUCCCGUUUAAAAAAUAAAAUAAAAUUUAUAUA